CCAAACGGAGCCUAAAUGUAAAACCUUAAAGGACAAUAUUUCUUGACAAAUGUCAUAAGCAACUCACCCAUUUGAGCUUACUCAUCAAUUGUAGACUACCCGGUUUCUUCUUCCCCUCAUGUAAUUUCCAUGGUAUUGAUUUAGAGGUUUUGCCAAAACCAUUAAAGUUUAGCUCAUCCCUUACGUUUCUCGUCACCUAUAAUCCCUUAUAAAUACCCAAGUAUGCUGCCAUCAUUCUCCAUAUCAAGCAAGAACACACAUGUAAUUAGCUAUGAAAAUCCUCCAAAAUACCCUCUGUUUCUAUGCACCACCACCAUCGUAGCUGCCUCUACCUUCAUACAGCCACCAAAACACCACUCUAGUAAUUAACCUUCUCUCACCCCCUAACCACCAUGUAUGACUUCUAACCAAAAACAACAAGCUUGUAGCAUUUCGUUACCAAAACCGAAACCCGAAAUUAGUCCCUCUUUCUCCCUGCUCCUCUGUGGUAUGAACCACCGAACCUCCACCACCUUCUGCCUCCACCGUCACCAACAUCACAAUCUACUCUCUAAGCACUAACGACCCACAAGCCCGACGAAAAUACCGAUCUAGGGAUUUCUUCUCAACUCCUCUAGAGAAUUUCGGUCCGAUGGAGCCUUCGGCUGCCCUUCCGUCUCAUUUAGAGGGGGAAUUCAGGCCGAACCACUUCUAUUCUCGGAGCUGAGGUAUAUGAAGAAUUUUUAGUCCCUUUCGUUCAGUGGUUAGGACAUCGUCUUUUCAUGUCGACGACACGGGUUCGAUCCUCGUAAGGGAUAGGUACUCAUUAUCGGCCCAUUCCCAGAUUCUAUUUCAUAGAUAGAAAGAAAGGAGAGCUCAGAUAGAGCUGCAGUUCCAGGUUCUGAGGGUCAAAAAGCCAAAAAGUAAUAAGUAUAAAUUGUAGUAUCUCGAAACCGCACCCGAACUCAUGAUCAAGAUGUACCCCUCCUCUAUCCUCGCUGCUGUCACGGUUCAGAACCACCACCUCACCGGAGGCACCUUGAUACCUCCGUGAAACUCCGACCACCCAACCUCGGCGAGUACCACCUACUGCCACCCAUGUGCCGCUGCCACCUCACGCAAAUGCCACUUCACUGUUCUUCUCUUUUUCGUGUAGACAAAAGUUGAGUGUUUAAAUGUGUAAACCAAUUACCAACUAGAGUAAUAUUGUAUAGUACGUGGGUCACCAAAUUCCUAAGAUAAAGUCAACCUUCCUAUUAUCCUCUAAAUUUGGGAUAAUCGAUUUUUGGAGCUCAGGAAGAACGGUCCAUCGAACAGGAAGUAUAAACUACGGUUGAGGUACGAAGAAGAUCAUGGGAUGAAGGAAAUAGUGCCCUUGGUCCAAGUAUGCAUAUAAUAUUAAGUCUAAUAAAUGCGGUUCAGUAUUAAUUAACAAGUUAAUAAUUCAGUGAGAUCAAGUGAGCUGAAUGCCUAGCUAGAGGCCGCUUCAGUUCAAGUGGAAUUAAUGAUAUUAAUCCACAGCUUACUCUUGACGGAACCCGUAGGGUCACACAAAUAGUACGUAAACGGAUCAAGUAUUUAAUGGCAUCGCCAACUGGCGUUACCUGCGCGUUCGUGUCUCUCAGUGUGGUCAGCACUGGGUGUUUUAAAUACUCCAUCUAUGGAUAUUCGGAAUCGACGGAUCUUGGUUUCAGUGGGAGCUGAGAUCGUCACAAGCAAGAAAUGAAUACUCCGGAAACGAUGAUAUUACCGGAAACGGAAAUAUGGAUCGUAUCGGAAAUAUAAAUAUAUUAUCCAAGUCGUAGAUGUUGCCGGAAACGGAAACAUGGUACGUAUCGGAAAAUAUUAAUGGAAAUGGAAAUAUUGCCGGAAUCGGAAAUAUUGCCGGAAACGGAAAUAUUGUCUGAAUCGGAAAUAUUAUCGGAAUCGGAAAAUAAUUCCGGAAACGGAAAUAUUAAAUAUUUUUUCGAAACGGAAAUUAAUUCCGGAAUCGGAAAUAUUAAAUAUUGUUCGUAUCGGAAAUGAAUUCCGGAAUCGGGAAUUUAAUCGGAAGCGUAUCGUACGAAUUAGCAUCGGACGAGGCCUGCCAGACGAAGGCCCAGCACGAAGCCGGGCCAUCGCCCAGCAAGCCAGCGCGCCACAACGCACCAGCCAAGGUUGCGCCAGGCCCACCGCAAGGCAGGCCCAGCGCGCGCCAAGGCUGCGGCAGCGUGUGGGCCUCGUGGCAAUGGGCUGCGAGUGCUCGCGGGCUGCGCGCGCGCGCAUGGCGCCCCUCGUGGGCUGCUGUGCGUGCGUGUGUGUGUUUGUGUUCAUAUACGAAUCCUAAAGCUAUCAGGAUUUGAUAUAUGAUUGAAUUCCUAAUCCUAAAAGGAUAAAUUAAUUAAAUAAGAGUUCUACUAGGAUUCUAGUUUAAUUAAUUCGUAUCCUAGUAGGAUUCCAGUUCCUUUUCCAUACCUCUAUAAAUAGGUGCCUAGGGUCAUAAUUUAUAGAGACAAUUGAAGUAUUCUAAAGGUAAGAUUUUGAAGAAAAAUCAGCCAUACACUUGCACCUAAUAGCCGAAAUUCCUAAGCUACCUUAAGGGCGAUUCUAGUUGGUCAAGCUUAAGGCGGAUCCGGACGUGCUGUGGACUAUCUACGGAGGGACGACACUUGGAGUCCUAAAGACUUGUUCUUGUUCGGUUCGGGCGCAGCUAGGGAGGGCACGCAACAAAGUUUUUAACUAUGGAAAACAACAAUCAAAACAUCAUCAUGGGUUCUGAGCUUAUGGUCAAGCUGAACCUAGCAAAUUUUCUUGAAUGGGAAGCUAAGCUAGUUGAAAUAGUCAGACUCAAUGGACUUGAGUAUGUACUGUUACAUCCCAUGCCAAGCUACUAUGCCAGAGACAUGACCCCUGAAAGAUUUUCCGCCUGGGAUGCGGAUCUCAAAAAGGUUAUGAGUCUCAUGCUGAACAAUAUCCCUGAUGAAUGGGCUAGAAGGUUUGUAGCUUAUGAACCUUUUACGCUCAUCAAGAAUCUGAGGGAUAUCUGUCGUGGAAGCACGGAGGACAGGGACCUGAACGUCCAUGAGUUGAUUGAAUCAAUGUCUGGUCGAAAGGUUAGUUCUCCCAACAGGUGUUAUAGGAUGGAAGUCCAAGAAACACAUGUUCAGCUCCUUCGCACUAAACAAAGGGUAGGCGUCCCACUAAGGUUCCAUGUGGAUCUUAUGCUUUCAUAUUUUGAUCGCCUUAGUCUGCUAGGAACACCAAUAAGCGAAAGGAUGGCAGUCUCUAUCUUGCUCAAUUCACUGCACAGUGGGUUUGGUCGCUUCAGGCAACUAUACCUAAGUGAACCAAGAGAAGAAACAGUUGCAGAAUUUGUUCACCUUGUCAGAAAGGCUGAGAUAAUACUGGACUGUGAAGCCAAAGAUUUACUCAAGGCUAAAGGGAGACCGUUCAAGAAAAGUGGAAAGUCCAAGGGCAAUGCUAAAUCAAAGCAGGACAAGUCCACAUCAAGCUGUCUUUAUUGUGAUGGAAUAGGCCAUUACAAAAGAGAGUGUCCAAAGCUAAAGGAAGAUCAGAAGAACGGAACAGUCGUUCCAUCUUCAGGGACUAAGAAGAAGUAGAAAGUUAAGCAAGGGUGAAGUCGACCUACGAGUGGGAAAUGGAGCACGGAUUGCUGCAUUAGCUGUAGGAACUUAUUAUUUGUCGUUGCCCUCUGGGCUAGUUUUGGAACUGGAAGAGUGUUUCCAUGUUCCAAGUCUUACUAAAAACAUCAUUUCUGUUUCUUGCUUAGAUCCUAAGGGAGGGAUUUUCCUUUUUAAUAAAAGACAAUAGUUGUUCGUUUUAUUUUAAAGAGAUGUUUUAUGGAUCUGCUAGAUUAGUCAAUGGACUUUAUUUAUUAGAUCACGACAAACAAGUUUAUAACAUAAAUACCAAAAAGGCCAAAAGGAUGAUUCAGAUCUCACCUAUCUGUGGCAUUGUCGAUUAGGCCAUAUUA